GGCGAGACAGUCAGUCAGUCGCAGCUGACCGAUGGGAGCGUUCGGAGCAGUUCCUUCCGGACCGGGUUUCGCAGUGCUCGCGUGUUCGUGCGUGUUCCGCGUACACUCGUGCGUCUCACGACCGGUUCGUUGCGCUCAUGUCGUCGCGUCGCGAGUGAUCUGAAGACAUCGAGAAGCCACGGCGUGGAGGACAAGGGCUCCCGGAAAACGCGCGUCUUCUUCGUCGAUUGCGAAACGGUGAAAGGCGAGACAGACGAAGACGACGUCGACGACGGGUCACACGGCUCGAAGUGCCACGGUCAACAUCGAGUUCUACCAGGGAUCGCUGUUAUUUGCCGUUGUCUCGUGAUUACCAACUAUUCUACAACCCUAUCCAGCUGUUAAAUUGGGCGAAGUCGGAUACAAUGAGGUAGUAAUCCACGGAAUAUCUGAUGAGAGGCGAUUUUUAACACGGCGGGCGACAUGUUGUUCCUGUCGAGCCGCGGCGGCCGGAAAGGGCCCAUAGCCUGCCUGGUGGGUCUCCUCCUUGUUUUCGCCCUCUAUCAGCUGGGCAUUAUUUGCGGCUCCACCAGGUACACGCCCGCGGCCCUGAUGGUCGGCAAGGAGAAAUACGUGAUCGGGCCAUUUGAUCGCAAGACGUACACGUACGAUCGUUACAUGCCGCUCAUUUUCAUCGGUGGUGUUCCACGAUCGGGUACGACCUUGAUGCGUGCCAUGUUGGAUGCGCACCCUGACGUGAGAUGCGGACAAGAGACCAGAGUCAUACCGCGGAUUCUCCAGAUGAAGAUGCAUUGGUCCAAAUCCGAGAAGGAGAAUGUACGGCUUACCGAGGCGGGAAUCUCGAAAGAAGUGAUAGAUAGCGCGAUAGCAGCAUUUUGCUUGGAGAUAAUCGCGCGACACGCCGAGCCAGCGCCGAGAUUGUGCAACAAGGACCCACUUACCUUAAAGAUGGGCUCGUAUAUCCUCGAGCUCUUCCCGAACGCCAAAUUUAUAUUCAUGGUACGCGACGGACGCGCCACGGUGCAUUCUAUCAUAUCCAGGAAGGUCACCAUAACUGGGUUCGAUUUAUCGUCCUACCGGCAGUCUCUCAUCAGGUGGAAUCACGCAAUUUCCGUAAUGUAUGGCCAGUGCAAGGAGUUGGGGCCGGAAAGAUGCUUGAUGGUCCCUUAUGAACAGCUGGUGCUACAUCCACGUCAAUGGAUGAAGAAGAUAUUAAAUUAUUUGGAUGUACCAUGGAACGAAUCCGUCAUGCAUCACGAAGAAUUUAUCAACAAACCCGGCGGAGUGCCUCUGAGCAAAGUCGAGAGGUCGUCAGAUCAAAUCAUAAAACCUGUGAAUUUGGCGGCGCUGACCAAAUGGGUCGGUAACAUUCCCGAGGACGUGGUGCGAGAGAUGGCCGACAUUGCGCCGAUGCUUUCCGUGCUCGGCUAUGAUCCUUACGCGAAUCCGCCUGUCUACGGCGCACCGGAUAGUUUAGUUAGCGACAACACCAGACGGGUAUUGGCUGGCGAAAACUCUGGGAAGAGAAGGCGCGGGCAUACCAUCUAUCUCACAGGCCAACAGAGACGAGCAACGAGGAACCUGCCUCCAGCACGGCUCCGAUCGCGUGACCCCGCGUGAUACUUUUAGAUGCGCGCGACACGUAACCAACUACUAUCCUAAGUCUAAACCGACUUAGGAUUUCCGCGCGUGCGGACUUCUCUCCUUGUAGUUUCAAAGUAAACUUGAUAGUCGCGUAUAACGCGACUUGUCGUCCUCGUCGAGGAUUAAUCGUCGCCCUCGUCGUGUUUUCUUAAUCUCUCUCGUUGUCACGUCGACGACAUGCAUUGACAACGAAUUCUUCGACAUCAUUCAUCGCGAUUUAUUUAUUCGCAUUAUUAGGCUCGUGUGUUUCGUGAAAUCAGGAGAUUUGUAAUACUAGAUCGUGACUAGAAAAUACAAAGUGUCUUUUCUGAAAUGACUGCCGCAGUACUGCGGAAAAUAUUUCGAGAAUUUAUUAAUUCAGUGCAGUUGCUAAUAUAUCCAUCUUAAGGUCAUAUCAUCUGGAUGUAGAUAAAUCUGUAUCCAGAUGACAUUGCUUUUUUCACCUUAAGAUGGAUAUAUUAGCAACUCGUAAAUUUAUUUCUGGAACAUGCAUAUAAUGCCAAUAUAAUCUUUAAACAUGGGAUAUAAUAAUAUAUGUUAAAUAGUAGAACUAUUAUUGAAUCAAUUUGAAGAAAGUUGCAAGAACGAAGCAUAAUUUGUAAGGUUCAUUUUAGAUAUGAUUUAUGUUAGAUAUGUUUUAUAUUUAUAUAUCUAGACUGGACCUCGCAAAUUAUUAUCUUACCGCAUUUUUAUACUAAUUUUUUUAAUUUUUACUAAAUAAUUGCAUACUAUAAUAUAUAACUACGAAUAUAUUUAUUAUAGUAAUCAAUUACAAUUGAAGAGAUCUAACAAAAACUUUUCAUUUGAUUAUGAAAUUGAAUGACAAGUUUCUUUUGGUCACUAGACAUCGUCUAGCAUUACAAGUAUUGUAUAGCGCAUUACGAGACAUCCCGAAUUGACGGAAUACUAUCACUCUGAUCUAUCAUCAUAGUCAUAGUUGAUUAUUAUGAGCCACAAGAUUAUCAAGCUUGAAAUUUGUCGCGCUUAGCGAUUAAACUUUGAUUAUAUAUUGUAAAGAAUAAGAUGCUAUAAAAAACACGAAAAUGAUCUUAUGCCAA